AUGUGCUGCAAUCGUCGCAACAACAGACGGGCCUUGACUGUGGCUAAGCUGGCACACGACCAUCUCAUCGCAAACUCUCGAGCUGCUCACAACGGGCCUAUGGUUGCAAGCUCCCGUGCUGCUCCCAUCGAGCCUCUUGGCCCACCUCCAGCCUACGAGCAGAUUGAGAAGGACUCCAAGACCAUCAUUCCAAGCAAAGACAUCCCCACGACCAAGUUCAUCGACCAUCAAGAACUGUCACCUGAGUACACAACCAGAGGUGCCAAUGUUGACUACAUGUCAAACAACACCACAAUGCUCUCUGCCAGACCAACGUGUCAGAGCAGAUGUGCAGCAAAGCGUGAAAUGAAGCAGCUGAAGCGCGAACAUCGCCAGGAGCAUCGACUAGAGAAGCGCGAGUAUCGUCAAGAGAAGCGUGAGCUUCGAGCCGAAUACCGCUUUGAGAAGAAGGAGAUGCGAAGAGAGCGUGGCGGUCCGAUCAGCAUGCUUAUCAAAGGUGUCUCAAACUUGAUGACGAAGCAGUAA